GAAGACAAUGCUUGCGAUUUUAGGACAAUAACAGCGCAUGCAGUAUAUUUGGGUGCCAUGUAUUUUUGUGUGUUAAUUUCAUUUUUAUCUGCUGUUGAUUCGAUGAAUGUCAUAAAUUAUUGUGAACUUGCUUAGUAAAUUUCUGAUAUUUUUCCUAUGAUGCUGUUGGGCAGCAUGAGGCGUUUGGUGUCAAUGCGGCUCCGUCCACCGCUGUCGUGUUGUCAGCUUUGUGGACCAAGGCGGUUAGCUGGACGUCUGGGCUCACUUCCACAUCUACACGACCCAUCGCCUCGCCUUCUCAGCUCCUCUGUUGGUCUGCUGGGAUCUGCAGCUCACCCCAGCCGGCCGAGCCAAGACGAGCUACUGCCCAACUCUAGGAGUGUCCUGGCUCCGGCCCAGAGGCUAGUGGCCUCCUGCCCGACAGCUGUACAGCCAUACCUGCAGCUGAUGAGAGUUGACAGACCAAUAGGCUCGUGGCUGCUGUUCUGGCCGUGCGGCUGGGGCCUGGCGCAGGCGGCGCCGGCCGGCUGCCUUCCCGACCCCACCCUCCUGGCCGUGUACGCCGCUGGUGCGUUUGUCAUGCGCGGCGCCGGCUGCACCAUCAACGACAUGUGGGACAGGGACAUUGACAGCAAGGUGGAGCGGACGCGGAGCCGACCCAUCACCAGCGGCCGGGUAUCAGUUCUAGACGCGCUCGUGUUCCUCUCGGCCCAGCUGUCGGUGGGCGCGCUGCUGCUCCUCCAACUCAACUGGCCCACCAUUCUGCUGGGCGUCUCCUCCCUAUCGCUGGUGCUGCUGUACCCGCUGAUGAAGCGCGUGACGCACUGGCCGCAGCUGGUGCUCGGGCUCACCUUCAACUGGGGAGUGCUGAUGGCAUGGGCGUCCGCGCAGGGGGCCGUGGACUGGCCCGCCGCGCUGCCCCUGUAUGCUGCGGGUGUGUGCUGGACGAUCGUCUAUGAUACCAUCUACGCACAUCAGGACAAGGCGGACGACCUGGCGCUGGGUAUGAAGUCGACCGCGCUCCGGUUCGGGGACGCCACGCCGCGCUGGCUGGCAGGGUUCUCUGCUGCAAUGAUGACAAGCCUGGUGGCUGCCGGUGUGGCGGCGGGACAGAGCUGGCCUUACUACCUGGGGCUCGGUGCAGUCGGUCUGCAUGUUGGAAAUCAGGUGCGGACGUUGCGGAUAUACGACGCCGCCGACUGCGGGGACAAGUUUCGCUCCAACCGGUACGUGGGCCUGCUGCUGUUCCUGAGCAUCGUCGCCGGACGGUGGGUGGGGAACAGGGAGGGAGAUCCCUCGGCCGCUGAAAACUCAGCCCCCUCCGCUGCUUCUGCCCUGGGCGCCUCCACAGUAGCAGCGGCUUCAGCCUCCGUGCAGAGCUCAGACGCGUAGUUAGACGUAGUUAGAGCGCUAGACUUGAUCUCGACUGUGAUAAUGUGUGUCGGAAUGGUUGGUGUUUUUGUUUUGCCAGCUCCGUCGGCGGAGCUAACUUUGGCGCAAUUUUGUGUGAAAAAAAAAACAAUGCGAAUCAGCCAAGUGACACAUCGACAUGCGAGAGCUUUUUGCCAAUAACUCGGGUGUAAGGGGCAUUAUGAAGGUUCCCACAAGUCGCAGCAUUUGGUGCCUCGUUAUGAUCAGUGGAAAAGGACGGAUUCCCGCAAUAGGAGACUCGAUCGGAUGCACACGUUUUAGUGAGCCCUGGAUGUGUAAGAGUAAUCUUCACAGUCACUAUUUGGAAAGGUCCAGUCGCUAUAUGGACGAUAAGGUGAUUUGGAGACAGGCUGACAGUCGACUGGAGUUAGAUAACGCUGCAAUAAUUUGGCCAAGGCGAGUACCUGACCGGGUAGGAUGGAUGCAUGCUUCGAGAUUUUCGCGCUGAAGAAUUGACUUUGUUUGGAUCAGUGUGGUGGCAUGAAUGUCAUGUGCAAUUUGUUCAAAAGUGUCGCUUAGGUGAAUUUGCAUUGCCAUAUCAAAUGCAGGAAAAGCCAUUUUUGCACCGUUGGUUAGGGAUUUGUUUCGGUAGCUUUAUGACUACUAAGCUACAUUUUAUAUCAUGAUGCACCACCUCUGGCGCGGGUUCCUAACUUAUUUAGAGUAGUUUACGACAAGCUGCAGGUUUUCGUCAUUUUCGUAGGUAAAUUUCACAACAGACAUCCGACGUUCAACACCAUGGUAUCAUCCCGUCUUGCUGACACUUAGUUGGUAGCCGACUCCUUAGAUAUCUAAAACGGUUUGUUUCGAUAGCCUGCUGGGAUAAUUGGCUUUCUUGUCUAGUCAUGCCAUGUGAUCCCAAGUUCAGUCGGGCUAGAUCAUCCUGAUGUAU